UAAGCAUCACUAGCCAGCUUCGUCAGUACGUCGUGAGUCGAGAGCUCACAUUCACAGCUGCCAUGUCGGUCAUUCUUGUGACGGGUUCAUACGACCAUGAAAUCAGGUUCUGGGAAGCGUGGAGUGGCAUAUGUUCACGCACAAUCUCAAGAUCAGGGGAAGCAGGGCAAGUAAACCGUCUUGCCAUUUCGCCAGACAAACGCCUUCUGGCCGCGGCCAUUCACAAGAAAGUCUACAUUUACGAAACUGCCAGUUCCUCUUCGACACCGUUAACCUGCCUUGAUGCACAUACCAUGAAUGUUACUGCCGUUUCCUUCCAUAGCGAAGGGAAGUGGCUGGUUACUGGCAGCGAGGAUGGCACAAUCAGGAUUUGGGACCUCAGAAGCGCGCAGGUGCAUCGCACGUACGAUAAUGGUGCACCUGUGAAUGACGUAUGUGUCCACCCUAAUCAGGGAGAGCUCAUCUCCUGCGAUCAGGCUGGUUGCAUCAAACAGUGGGACUUAUCGGAGAAUUUGUGUUCCCACGAGCUAACUCCUGCAGGAGAUGUUCCUAUUCGAUCUGUUAGCUUGGCGUCCGAUGGCUCGUGUUUGGUCGCAGGCAACAACAAGGGCAAAUGCUAUGUAUGGAAGAUUAAUGAAGAAAAAUCAGAUCUACCGAGAUACCAGGCUGUGACAAAGUUCAGUGCACACAAGAAGUACAUCACCCGAGUCCUUCUAAGCCCUGAUGUAAAAUACCUUGCAACGUGCUCCGCCGACACAACCGUCAAGAUAUGGUCGAUAUCGGAAAACUAUGAAUUUAGGCAAGAGAAGAUGCUACAGGGUCAUCAGCGCUGGGUGUGGGAUUGCGCUUUCAGUGCGGAUUCUGCAUAUCUGGUGACGGCGUCCUCGGAUCAUACAGCUCGUCUCUGGGAAAUGGCCUCGGGGGAAACUGUUCGGCAGUACAAUGGCCAUCACAAAGCUGCUGUGUGCUGUGCGCUCCACGAUGGGCCAGGCUAACUAUCCAGGGGCAUGUGUGUGUUCCCAGCAUCAAUCCUUAGCCCGCAGAAAGACUCAAUGUGGUGGGUUUUCUGAAUUGCAAUAAGGAAGAGAUCUCGGGGAUCGCCUAUGCGAGCAAUCAAAUACUAUUUCCUGCUUAGCUUUUCUCACGUUCAGGUCGUUCUUUUCGACCGAUCUCUUCUUAAGUUCAACGCCUUGUCACGAAUGAAUAUUCGACGCUGAGGUAUGUGGGAAAGGUUAUCUUCGGAUAAGGGACACGUGUGUCACGCAUGGCCGUUGUGUACAUGCACCCUCAGCCCGCGAG